AUGCCGCCAUGGCAGAACUCCGUCACUCACAACGAACCUCCAAGUGGAGCUACGAAGAAAUGGGUAUUAUGGGAUGUGGAGGUGGUGCAUGUGGGAGAGUAUUCCAAGUCUUUGAGUUUCCCUUCAUUGUUUAUUAGCCUUGUCAUCAUAUUGAAAUCCCCAAGUUUUACGGUGGUUCAACAGGGUUGCCGAAAUUGUCAGCCGAAUGGGUACUACGGAAUGGAUUUGUUCCUUGAUGCCAAAGUUGUGCAUCUCCAUAGCCACCAUGACAAGUAUCUCUUUGUAAAGGAAGACAAGGUCCAAAACGGAUCCUCUGAAAAUGCCCAACGGACUGUCGAGUUUGUGCCUGGAACACACAUCAUCCGCCUAAAAAACUCCUACAACAAGUACCUUACUGCCUCAAACCAACCCUUUUUACUAGGCAUGACAGGAAGAAAAGUGAUCUAG